AUUUUCUGCUACUCCCACAUAAACUCAUUUCCGCUCCCCACCUUUCGCUGAUAUUCUCAUAUCCUGCACCAUACAAACCUCCUACAAGCCUCUUUGAUACAAGCCUCGCUGCAGUAUCUUCUUCCCAUCAUGAAGCUUCUACAACACUACGGUAUUAUGGUCGUGCUCUCCACAUUCGCCACUGGGCUCGCAAUCCCAGCCAAAAUUGCUGCACGUCCAGUUCCAAGCUAUGAUACUCCAAAGUCGUAUGAUAAAAUAACUUCAUACGAUAAGCCCACCAGUUAUGAGACCAAGUCAUACGACAAACCAGCCAACUACGAGGUCAAAUCGUACAGCAAACCCUCUUCGUAUGAGAAGCCAUCUUCAUAUGAGAAGCCAUCUUCAUAUGAGAAGCCAUCUUCAUACGACAAACCAGCCAACUACGAGGUCAAAUCGUACAGCAAACCCUCUUCGUAUGAGAAGCCAUCUUCAUAUGUGAGGCCAUCUUCGUAUGAACAGCCAUCUUCAUACGAGAAACCGUCUUCAUACGACAAGCCUGCUAUUUACGAGAAGAGGGAGUACAGUCAUCCCCACUUCGGUCACUAGACCGUUAAGUAGUUGGCAACUUCGCGGAACGAUUCAGACCCAGGUUAGUGUAGAUUGUCUGGACCUCGCGACCUCGAAGCAAGCAACCUAAUCCGUGACCAGGGUUCAAAAGUGGAGAACUGGGACAUCGCGCAGUUGUGGAUCAAGUAGAACUGUAGGGGGGCUGAGGAGUCAG